UUAUAAAGCGGGUUAACUAAUGUCUGGAGAUGAAGCCACGUUGGCUGGCCACCGACAGCAAUUGCGUCUCUUCGUGGACAAUAGCCGGAGCCGUCUGCAUGCCCUCCUGCAGCAGUUGCAAUGGAGCGAGGCGGGUGUAAAAGCGAACCAUCGAUCCACCGAAAAGGCGCUGCCUAAAACGGACGAGGAGCUGCCACCCUCUUGCUGCAACAAUCCCGCGUUUAGUGUCCAACUGGACGAAGUGGCGCUACAACAAAUUCUGGGAACGGACGCAAGCCAGGAUGGGGUCAGCCAGCGCCUGCAGCUGUAUGAGUAUGUACUGCAACGGACCGCAAAGCAUACGGCAUUCGAGGACGAUAACGCCGCCUUCGCCGAACUAGUGAGCGUGACGAAGCGGGAUCAGCAAAAGCGUCGCAGGCACCGCAAGAGCAAGCCCACACUGAACGAGGAACUGCGCCAACUGGUCGACCUUCAAAUGGAGGCAUUGCAGAGACAGCAAGCGCAAUCUGCUGCCAGUGAGCUCAGUAGCAGUCGGAAGAGAAAGCGCAGUCAAAGUUGCAGCCGAACGCGGAGCCCCAGCCGAAGCCAUGAGAGGCACAGACACAGGCGACCGGAGAAGCUGGAGCGGGGAAGGGAACGGGAACGGGAACGAGAACAUGAGCGAGAGCGCCACAGGCAGCACCACAGGAAGCACCGCUCUCGAUCCCGCUCUCUGUCCUCGCACCCUAGAAAGCACCGCUCUCGUUCCCGCUCUCUGUCCUCGCACCGCAGAAAGCACCGCUCUCGUUCCCGCUCUCGGUCCUCGCACCUCAGAAAGCACCACAAGCAGCAUCGAUCCAGGAAUCAUUAUUAAGUCCAGGU